AUGAAGUUGACAACAAGUCCGGAAGCUGCCUUGCAAUUUACAAAAAUGAACGUUUACUUCGUAAGUUCUUGGCCUCUUUCGAAAUCUGAUAGCAGGAGUAGUAAAAUUUGGUUCAAUGUUCGUUGGUGGACUGCAUUUAUUUCAAUACUACUGUUAUUUUUACCUUUAACUAAUGGUGUUUAUGUGUAUCGAAAUGAUUCGCUGGUAAUGGUGAAGGCUGCUUGUUUGAGUAGUGCGUCAGCUCAAGCACUUUUGAAAUUGAUAGUUUGCCGAUUUCAGUCGAACCGUCUUCAACUGUUGCAUGAAGAGAUGGAAAUCAUUAUGAAAAAUGCCGAUGCACUGGAAAAAAAAUAUCUACUAAAAUAUAUUAAGAAAAGUGGAUUUUUUCAUGUCUUUGGGAGUUUCAGUGUGUGGGCAGUUUGCCUGUCAUUCAUAAUCGAGCCUAUUUUACUGUCACAUCCCUACCCAACAGACACCGCGUAUCCAUUUGUUGUGGAAAGUCAAGUAUUGCGUAUAAUAUUGUACAUACAACAGAUAAUUGCUCUUUUUUUUGUCGGAGCGGCUGUGAUAAUUGAUUUUCAGGUGGCGACCUUGCUAUGGUUUACUUGUGUAAGAUUUGAAGUACUCAGUCAUUACUUCAGAGAGGUUUCAAAUGAAGCAGAGUUGGUGGAGUGCAUCAAAAAGCAUCAGAAAGUACUAUGGUAUGCUAAUGAAGUUAAAUACGCAAUAAGGUAUAUAACACUCAGCACAAUAGCAACUACUACGAUUGGAGUUAUUUGUGGCUGUUUGGCAUUGUUAAGUCAUCAGCCGAUAUCUGUUAAGCUACGAGUUGCCAACAUCGUCGGGAAUGCGGCGACUGAGCUUUUCAUUUAUGCCUGGCCUGCUGACAAUCUCAUUCAAGUGAGCCAAGCAAUCGGACAGAGUGCUUACAACAGUAAAUGGCAAAAAGGUUCCGUUGCUUUGGUAAAAACAACAAUGAGCGUAAUUCAUCGAUCGCAGUUGCCAAGUACAAUAUCGAUACGUGGAGUAAUGCCCAGUCUAUGUCUGAGAUACUACACAUCCUUUCUCUCUACCACGUUCUCGUACUUUACGACUCUGCGCGUAGUCUAUGCUGCUGAUUCUGUCGACUAA